CGGACCCCGGCGAUCCCCGGCCAGCUGUGUUGCGGGGCUGCGCGCCGGCGAUCGGAGCGGGCAGCUAGCUCAUGAGUCAUGGACUUCCCCUGGCCCCUCCUCGACCACUCCCACUCCCUCUCAAGGCCUCCCGGUAGCGGCUAACGCGGGCGCGGCGGCUCCGAGGGGGUGGGGCUGCUGGGAAUGGCUGUGCCCCCUUCAGCUCCAGUGCCGUGCUCGCCCUUUUACCUGCGGAGGCAGGCGCUCUGCCCGCAGUGCUCAUGGGGCAUGGAGGAGAAGGCGGCGGCCAGCGUUGGCUGCUGGGAGCCACCCGAGCCCCCGAGGGCCGCCGUCCCGUGCUUCGGCGUCACGGUGGAUCAGGACGACAUCCUCCCCGGUGCCCUGCGCCUCAUCCGGGAGCUGCGGCCGCACUGGAAGCCCGAGCAAGUUCGGACCAAGCGCUUCAAAGAUGGCAUCACCAACAAGCUAGUGGCCUGCUAUGUGGAGGAGGACAUGCGGGACUGUGUCCUGGUCCGGGUGUAUGGGGAGCGGACAGAGUUGCUGGUGGACCGGGAGAACGAGGUCAGGAACUUCCAGCUGCUGCGAGCACACGGCUGCGCCCCCAAACUCUACUGCACCUUUCAGAACGGGCUGUGCUAUGAGUACAUGCAGGGUGUGGCCCUGGGACCGCAGCACAUCAGAGAACCCAAGCUCUUCAGGUUAAUCGCCUUAGAAAUGGCAAAGAUUCACACCAUCCACGCCAAUGGCAGGUUGCCCAAGCCCACCCUCUGGCAUAAGAUGCAUCAUUAUUUCACGCUGGUCAAGGAUGAGAUCAAUCCCAGCCUUUCUGCAGACGUCCCUAAGGUGGAGGUGUUGGGACAGGAGCUGGCCUGGCUGAAGGAACACCUGUCCCAACUGGAGUCCCCUGUGGUAUUCUGUCACAACGACCUGCUCUGCAAGAACAUCAUCUAUGACAGCACCAAAGGCCACGUGCGGUUCAUCGACUAUGAAUAUGCAGGAUACAACUACCAGGCUUUUGACAUUGGCAACCACUUCAACGAGUUUGCAGGUGUGAAUGAGGUUGAUUACUGCCGGUACCCAGAUCGGGAGAUCCAGCUACAGUGGCUGCGCUAUUAUCUUGAGGCACAAAAGGGGACCGCUCCAACCCCCAGGGAGGUGGAGCGCCUUUACGCACAAGUCAACAAAUUUGCUCUGGCCUCCCAUUUCUUCUGGGGACUCUGGGCACUCAUACAGAACCAGUACUCCACCAUCAGCUUUGACUUCCUCAGGUAUGCGGUGAUCCGAUUCAGCCAGUACUUCAAAGUGAAGCCUCAGGUGUUGGCCUUGGAGAUGCCAAAGUGACCAGCCUCCUGCUCCUCCGUGUGCUUCUGAUGCCAGACCUGUUCUCCAGGGUACCCUCCUGCCUUGCGAUGGGCACCCUUGGGGCAUGUGGGUAGCCAUGGUAAAGGCUCCCCGGUGGAUGCCGAUGAAGACUUCAUUUUCCUGUUUGGAGGGGCUGAAGCCCAGCACUGGGGUGGGGGUUCCUCUUCACCCUGACAGGCUUGGAGAGGAAGUGCCUGCAGAUGGCUGAGGCCGGGGCUGUCACCCUUUGAGAGCACACCAUUGCCAGCCCAGGCCUGCUGGAGCUUGGGCUGCCUCAGUUUGCCCUUGACCCUCCCUAGCAGGGGAGGGGAAGGGCUCCUUUCUACCUCUGGUGCCCCAGCCUCCAGCUGAGCUGCGUCCGCCCUAGGUGAGAGGUGCUGAGCCCCUAGCCAGCAGGAAGCUAGCUCCGCUUGCCACCUUGGGGACAGAGCUCCCAGCUAGGCCUGGCAGCUCUGCCAGCCGCUGCCUCAUCUGAGCUGCUCACUUCUCCAAGCCAGACGCCAUCCCAUCACCCCUUCCCCAGCUCCCCUGUGCUUCUGCUCGGGCCCCUGCAGAGGAGAGGCAGACCUGGAGUAGCUAUGGUCUUGGAUCGGGUGGCAGGUACCAGAGCCAGCAGCAGCCUCCGCCUCUCUCCCCUCCAAGGAUCUGUCUGUCCAUCUCUGUCUUCUACUCUGCACAUAGCCGACCAUUUGGGAACGGGCCAUGGAGGCAAGGGGGCGUGGCCAGAUACCCAAAGUGUUAGCAGCUGUCUCCGCCUCCCAGCCCCCCAGUUCCUAGGGGGCCUGCUCUAGGCCCCCACUGUGAUUCCAUUUGUAAAUUAUGUUUUUCUGCAUUAAAAUGUUUGUUUCUGGAA